GUUUAUUAUAUGUGGUUAAAACACAAAAAGCCUCAGAAAAAUUUUGCAGAAGAUAAAUGCCUCUACAAAAUACUUGUUGUGAAGCACUUUAAAUUUUGUUUUAAUCGUCCACAUAACUAAACUUACUAAUUCCACAAGUUAAAAGGUGUAGCAAAUUUUCGCUCAAUAGUUUGUUGACCUGAAAUCAAAUGCCUGGGUGCCGAAGAACCAAGAAAGUUUACAAUUCAGAAGACGCAUUCAGGCCUUCACAGUAUUCAGUCGCUAGAACUAGUGAAAAUGGUUUACGUAAUUAUGGCAAUGCUCUGGACGAUAGAACAAAACAAAUAUUCUAUAGAAGCGUGCCAGAAAAUAUUAUGAAAGAGACAAUAUAUGGACAACGUUACUACCAACAACCAUAUUUACAGAAUUCAAACAUGAGUAUGACAAACGAGAUGGAUACGUAUCGGCCUGUCCGUGGAAGCAUUCCAGAGAGUGUCCGAGAUCCGGUAUAUGGACAAAGAUAUUAUAGUCAGCAAAGAUCACCACAAGGUCAGAAUUUAAACAUCAGACGUGAACUGGAUACAAACUAUAGUGAGUAUGACUAUAACAAACCAAUUAACAGUUACAAGGAAGUCACAAGUUAUUCAAGACCCUAUCAAAGAACGGAAAACGUUGAUAACAUACGUCCAGUAUAUUCGUAUAAUGUUGACGAUGUACCAAACGCAGGAAACAUCCGAGAGACAUAUCAACCACGUUACAAUUCCCCUAUUCCAAGUCGUUCAAAUCCACCAACCAAUACUUUAGUUGAGUCAAGAAACAUUCGUGAAACAUAUCAACCACGCUAUAAUUCUCCGUACCCAAGUCGCUCGAACCCACCGAAUGAUGUUUUGCCUGAGCCUAGCUCAAUUUCAAAUAAUGGCAACACUUAUUCUUAUUCGGCACCACAUCGUCAGAAUGUGGAGAUUGUUUAUGCUGAUGGAAGACAAAGUAGAUACAUAGAUUAGAUCGAAAAACGCCGCUUAUCAUCAACAGAGUGCUUUCUUCUACACGACUUUUUCUGAUGAUGACUGACUCAAUUUUUUUCCAUUGAAAUAUCUUAACUGAAUCAACUUCCUAAUUACAUAUAAUAUACAAAUAGAUGCAAAACAUAAAAUACAUAUUACUGUAUAUUUUAGUAUCUUUUCACACUAAUAAAAAUAUCUUCGUAAUC